UCGAAAAAAAAAUAUGAUCCUAAGUGACUUAGAUCAUGUGUUUCUGUAUAGUCACAUAAUCACAUUCACUAAAAGGAAAAACUAAUGUUUUCACUUCAUCAUGAUUCAUGCAUCAUGAGACAUGAGAACUUGUCCUAAAAAACCGUAGAGAUCCACAACAUUUGGGUUUUCUAGUGAUAUUCUUCUAACAUCAACAUUCAUCAUAUUCAUAUUCAGUCUUAGAAAAUGUUUAUUUUUUAUUACCUUCAUUCUGUGUUCUCUCCACUUUUGUCUGAAUAAUUAACAGACGAAGAUGACAACGUAUGGAACAAUCUCAGAAGACAUUCCAUCAAAUCCAAACUUAAUUUACGUUUCAGAGGCCAAAGAGCGGUUCCAAGCAGGUCUAGGCGUAACAAGAGCAUGGACAGAAAUUUUUCAAUCUUCUCAUUUCAACUUACCAUCUUCCUUCUACGGUGCAAUUCAAAGAAUCAACACAAACGCCAAACAUUUUCGAGCGAAUUACGUGAUCAUCAUAUUGUUCAUUCUUUUCCUUAGCUUACUAGGACACCCAAUAUCAUUGAUCAUAUUCAUCGUGAUGAUGAUCGGAUGGUUGUGUUUAUAUUUCCUAAGAGUUACACCUUUGGUGAUUAUGAGGUAUCAAAUUGACGAACGAUUUGUGGUUAUCGCAUUGUUGUUGAUCACCAUCGGUUUGCUUGUGCUAACGGAUGUAACACAUAAUGUGGUAGUUGGUUUGUGUGUUGCACUAGGUUUUGUGUUGAUCCAUUCUUUGUUGAGAGAAACGGAGGAUUUGUUCACAUUGGAUGAAGAUGUAAGGAUUGUAAGGGGUGUUAGAGAUGUUAUCAAAGUCCCUCUUAGACAACCCGGUUCCUCUUCUUUUACUUUGCCAUCUUAAUUAAUUACCAAAAUUGUGCUAUCUAUUUCCUUUGAUACUAUAUAUAUAGAAUCAACAUGAAUUUAUAUAUAUUUCAUUUCUUCUCACUUCCUUUUUUA